CAGCGUAGCGGCACGUUCCCCAGCCCGGGCCGAGGGCCCCCUGCCUCGGAGCCUCCCAUGCUUUCGGGGCCCCCUCGGGUGGCGGAGGUCCCGUGGGAGACGGGGGCGGCCCUGCCGUGAUGGACCUGGAGGAGAAGCGGGAGAAGCGCCCGCCCGUCACCCCCAUGAUGAUAGAGGAGGAAGCCGCCCUGCGGAACGGCAGCCGUGGGCUGCCGCCGGGCUCUUGGGCUGAGGCGGCGGGGCCGAGACCCCGCACUACGGAGCGGCACAUCGCCGUGCAUAAGCGCCUGGUGCUGGGCUUCGCCGUCUCCAUCCUGGCGCUGCUGGCGGUGACCAUGAUCGCCGUGCUACUCAGCGUCCGCUUCGAGGAGUGCAGCGCCGCUGCCGACGGCCCGCCGCGGGCCAGCGGCAACGGGAGCCUCCCGGGGGCGGCCCGGCAGCCGCCCGGCGCAGGGCAACCCCCUGGCCGGCCGGAGCAGGAGGAGGAGGAGAAGGAAGCGCGGGGUGGGGAAGUGGUGGAGGAAGAGGAGGAGGAGGAGUGGCAGCGGCGGCGGGAGCUGCCGCCCUGGACCCGGCCGCGGCUCCCACGGCACCUGCGGCCGCUGCACUACAACCUGAUGCUGAGCGCCUUCAUGGAGAACUUCACCUUCAGCGGGGAGGUGAACGUGCAGCUGGAGGUGCUCAACGCCAGCCGGUACAUCGUGCUGCACGCGCAUCGCAUGCACAUCGAGGCGGUCCGCGUUGCCGAGGACAAGCUGGCCGGCGGUGUGCGGGUGGACCGUUCCUUCUUCUACCCCCAGACCCAGGUCUUUGUCGUCGUCCUCAACCGCAGCCUGGAGGUGCAGAAAAGUUACAACCUCAAGAUCAUCUACAACGCCCUCAUCGAGAACGAGUUGCUGGGCUUCUUCCGCAGCUCCUACGUCCUCCACGGCGAGAGAAGGUUUCUUGGUGUUACACAGUUUUCUCCUACUCAUGCCAGAAAAGCCUUUCCUUGCUUUGACGAGCCUAUCUACAAGGCCACUUUCAAGAUCAGCAUCAGGCAUCAAGCAACUUACUUAUCUUUGUCCAACAUGCCAGUUGAAACUUCUGUUUUUGAAGAAGAUGGAUGGGUUACAGAUCACUUUUCACAGACCCCUCUCAUGUCCACGUAUUACCUGGCUUGGGCAGUGUGCAAUUUUACGUACCGGGAAACUGUCACCAAGAGUGGAGUAGUUGUGCGGUUAUAUGCAAGGCCUGAUGCAAUCCGGAGAGGAUCAGGGGACUAUGCUCUAAAUAUUACAAGGAGACUCAUUGAAUUUUAUGAAGAUUAUUUUAAAGUGCCAUAUUCCCUGCCAAAAUUAGAUCUGUUAGCUGUGCCUAAGCAUCCAUAUGCUGCUAUGGAGAACUGGGGACUGAGUGUUUUUGUGGAGCAGAGGAUACUUCUAGAUCCAAGCAUUUCUUCUAUAUCAUACCUACUGGACGUCACCAUGGUCAUUGUACAUGAGCUGUGUCAUCAGUGGUUUGGUGACCUUGUGACUCCAGUUUGGUGGGAGGAUGUGUGGUUGAAAGAAGGAUUUGCUCACUACUUUGAAUUUGUUGGGACAGACUACCUCUACCCAGGGUGGAACAUGGAAAAACAGAGAUUUCUGACAGAUGUCCUACAUGAAGUGAUGUUGCUGGAUGGUUUGGCCAGUUCACAUCCAGUAUCCCAGGAGGUGCAGCAAGCCACAGAUAUUGACAGGGUGUUUGACUGGAUUGCCUAUAAAAAGGGUGCAGCUCUAAUUCGAAUGUUGGCUAACUUUAUGGGUCACUCUGUGUUUCAAAUGGGCUUACAAGACUAUUUAACCAUUCACAAGUAUGGCAAUGCAGCCAGAAAUGAUCUCUGGAACACACUGUCAAAGGCUUUGAAAAGAGUUGGAAAAUCUGUAAAUAUCCAACAAGUAAUGGAUCAGUGGACACUACAGAUGGGUUAUCCUGUCAUCACUAUCUUGGGAAAUGAAACUACAGACAAUGUCAUAGUGAUCUCUCAAGAGCGUUUUGUUUAUGAUAUUGAUGCUAAACCCAAGGAUCCUGCCCUUGGAGACAGCAGCUACUUGUGGCAGAUUCCAUUAACAAUUGCAGUAGGAAAUACGAGCCACAUCUCAUCAGAGGCAAUUAUAUGGGUGUCUAACAAAUCAGAACACCACAGAAUUCCUGCUUUGGAAGAGGCAAGUUGGUUGCUGGGGAACAUCAACCAGACUGGCUACUUUAGAGUUAAUUACGAUAUUAGGAAUUGGAGGCUGAUAAUUAAUCAGCUAACAAGGAACCAUGAGGUUAUCUCUGUCAGUAAUCGAGCAGGCUUGAUCGAUGAUGCAUUCAAUCUAGCCAGAGCUGGUUAUUUGCCUCAGAACAUCCCUUUGGAGAUUAUAAGAUACUUUUCAGAGGAGAAGGAUUUUCUGCCUUGGCAUGCUGCCAGCCGAGCUCUUUAUCCUCUAGAUAAAUUGCUGGACCGAGCAGAAAAUUACAACAUCUUCAAUGAGUAUAUAUUAAGACAAGUUGCAUCAAUGUAUCUCAAGCUCGGAUGGCCAACGAAUAAUUUAAACAAAUCGCUUGUUCAAGCAUCAUACCAACAUGAAGAGUUGCGUCGAGAAGUCAUCAUGUUGGCCUGUAGCUUCGGUAACAAACACUGUCACCAGCAGGCUGCAACUUUAAUCUCGGAUUGGAUUUCUAGCAAUAGGAACCGAAUCCCACUCAAUGUGAGAGACAUUGUCUACUGUACAGGAGUUUCACUGAUGGAUGAAGAUGUAUGGGAGUUCAUCUGGAUGAAAUUUCAUUCUACUACAGCAGUGUCUGAGAAGAAAAUAUUAUUAGAAGCCUUAACAUGCAGCGAUGACAGGAACUUGCUCAAUAGGCUUUUGAAUUUGUCUCUCAACUCAGAAGUUGUCCUGGAUCAGGAUGCAAUUGAUGUAAUAAUCCACGUAGCUCGAAAUCCACAUGGAAGGGAUCUUGCUUGGAAGUUUUUCAGAGAAAAAUGGAAAAUAUUAAAUGCAAGGUAUGGAGAAGCAUUAUUUAUGAAUUCAAAGCUUGUCAGUGGGGUCACAGAAUUCCUCAAUACUGAAGAAGAACUAAGAGAGCUAAAGAACUUUAUAAAGAGUUACGAAGGAGGAGCUGCUGUCUCUUUCUCUCGUGCCGUGGAAACAGUGGAAGCCAAUGUGCGGUGGAAAAAGCUUUACAAAGAAGAACUAUUCCAGUGGCUAAGAAAAUCCUUGACGCAUUAAUCUGUCUUUCCAGCCAAGCAUUUAACAAGAAGCUCUGCAAGAGGAAACAUUUUAGAAGUGUUCAACAUUAAAAUCAUGAAGACAAGAUCAGAUUGCAGGAAUAAGGUUUUUUUUUUCCUUUGUUUUCUAAUUGUGGGAUUUGUUUUUGUUUGUUUUUUUUUUUUUACACUGGGCUUUUGUGAAAUUGUCAAGAAGCUUUUCAGAAGAGGAGAUCAUGAAUGCUUGUGAAAUCCAGUCCUCAGUGUACAAAACCAAACAUGAUAUUAAGUGGUGCAUGUAAAUGUUGAAGAAAAACAAACAAAAACCCCUUCAAUGACUAUUUUGUGCAUGCUUGUACCGUCCCUGCCUGUAUUCUAGCAUGCCUAUGUAAAACAGCCACAUUUUGUAUGUGAGUUCCAGUUACAUCAAAGAUGGGCAUUAUACAAAGCACAAAGACUAUCUACGACAAUCAGUGUUGCAGUGAACAAAAUGAAAACCAGUGAUCAAAAGGAAAACAAGAAAAAGGAAAUGUAGAAGGCUUCCAACUUGGGGCAGUAUGAGAUGUAAAGUCAACUUUUCGGCUAGCUGCCAAUUAGUCUACCACUCAGUUUGUCUCUUAGUUACAAAGAUGCCACCAAUUGUAUCUGCAGUCUUCAUAUACCCAUAUUUAAAUAAGGAGAAUAUAUACAGAGAGGAGAAAGAUAAAAGGGCAUGGAGGCAGGGGGAGAGAGAAAACAAGAAGGACAUCAUCCAUACAUUAUAAUUAUAUGCAUUUAUUCACUGCUGAUCAGUGGAACAGUGUAGUUCUAGCUGUGAACGUAUGCAGUGUUGGAGGGUAACUUCAGAUUGAUUUCACAGAAUACAUGAACCACCUCUUCUCAACUAUUUUAGAAGGCAGUGAUAUUUUCAAUGGGUCACCCAACCUGUCCAGUACUAAGUUAUGCAGGUGACUGUGCACAAGUAUUAUAGAUAAACUUAAGAUUCAUAUGGAAAUUAACAAAAAGGGAAAAUAUCUUGCAUGCAAAGACAUUACUCAAGGUUGUCUUGCAUGUGGUAGACCAGCCUCUGUAUCGAUUUAUUAUGAUAGGUCAGAUUCUCUAUGUGGGCAAUACUUUUGAAAAUAUGGGAUAUGGCAUUCAUGCUAAUUUAGAAAAGUGGAAUAUGGAGAAAGAAAGUGUGUGUGUGCAUGUAGGGGGUGUUUAUUCAUAUGGGCUAAUACCACAAACACUGUUUUCUUUCUGUUUUCUUGUGUUUUACAUAGACUGCUGUAGAUGAAUGAUGUUUGUUUCCUUUUUCUCAAUCCUUAAUCUGAAAGAUCAGUGACACAUUGAUCAUCUGUGUACUACACAGGUAGUACAACUACCUGCACCAUUGGUGCUAAGUGUUGAGGAUAAAACUGAUGGGCAACAAAUCC